AUGGGCUAUGUUAAUAAGACGUUACUUGAAACGAUGGAACGGGAGAGAUCACGUAUCAGUAGUGAUUUUGGAUCUACUGAGAAAUCAAGCAAGUUUAUUUGGAACUAUACUCGAGGAAUUUUUUCUUUCUGCGGCUAUAGACAGUCUAAUAUCGUAAUUGAACUACCUGACAAACCCGAACCAUUCGACGUUGUAUAA